AUGCUUGUUUUCCGAUACGGCAAGGGUCCGGAGGUAGUUCCGCCAGUUUAUUUGAAUGGUUCGCCGGUUCGGGUCGUAACAUCUUUCAAGUACUUAGGCCAUUUUCUAACGGAGAACCUUCGCGACGACAUGGACAUGGAGCGAGAGCGCCGUGCGCUCGCGGUCCGCUGUAACAUGCUGUCGCGAAGAUUCUCCAAGUGCACCACGGACGUAAAAACUACUCUAUUUAGGGCAUUCUGCCAGUGCUUUUAUACAUGCUCACUAUGGUGUAACUACACCAAACGCUCAUAUAACGCGCUCAGGGUUCAGUAUAACGAUGCGUUCAGAAUACUCAUGAAACAACCUCGCUACUGCAGUGCUAAGACCAUGUUUGCUGAUGCGGGAGUACCUGAUUUUUAUGCAAUCAUGCGGUCACGCAUAGCUUCGGUCUGGGCAAACGUAUGGCAAAAUUCGCAGCAAAAUGAUAUUCUGGCGCUGUUUACUGUCAACCCGAGCAAUAAGAUCCUAAAGCACUGGACAGCCGUGCACCUGGACGAAAAUGGUAAAUAA